AUGGUGGCGUACGAGUUGAAGAACAAGGCAUCGGUCACGACGCAGGGCGAGCACCCGGCCGAUGCGUACUCGGCGGCCGAUCGAGAUAAUCGACAGCUGCAGAGGCUGGGGAAGAAGCCCGUUCUUAAGCGAAACUUCGGGAUUCUCUCGAUUUUGGGGUUUAGCUGUACGAUUCUGGGGACGUGGGAGGGUCUUCUGGGUACUUUCGUGAACCCAUUGCAAAAUGGUGGAUCUGGAGGAGCAGUCUAUGCGUUUAUCUUUGCUUGGGUAGGCACUGCCUGCACCUUCGUUGUGCUGGGAGAGCUGGGAUCGAUGGCGCCUACAUCUGGAGGACAAUACCACUGGUGUGCCAUGCUGGCGCCGAUCAAGCAGCAAAAGUUCCUCAGUUAUAUAACAGGCUGGAUGGCCGUAAUGGGCUGGCAGACAGCUUUCGCUUCUGCGUCUUAUCUAUGCGGGACAGAGAUUCAAGGCACCGCAAUCCUCGCCCACAAAUAUUACAACGCUGAAGCCUGGCACGGCACCUUGAUCGUCUGGGCCGCACUGGUCGUCUCGCUCCUCGCAAACCUGAUCGGUGGGAAAUUCCUACCUCGCCUGGAGGCAGUCAUUCUCGUCAUUCACAUCAUCGGGUUCUUUGGAAUUCUCAUCCCCUUGACGUAUAUGUCAGAGCACAAGAACACAGAUGAGGUCUUUCUGCAAUUCUUGAACAGUGGCGAGUUCCCUACUCAAGGACUCUCCUGGUUCGUUGGUAUGACUAGCUGCGCGUUCGCAUUUGCUGGAGGUGAUGCUGCGGUUCACAUGGCCGAAGAAGUCAACAAUGCGACAAUGGUCAUUCCCCGUGCCCUUCUAAUGAGCGUUGGAAUUAACGGCUGUCUCGGUUUCGGCAUGCUAAUUGGUAUGCUCUUCUGUCUCGGCAAUAUGGACGACGCCCUAAACACGCCGACCGGAUACCCUUUCAUCGAAGUCUUCUAUCAGGGAACUGGCUCAAUGAGCGGAUCGCUGACAAUGUGUUCGAUCAUUUUGAUCAUCGCCGUCUGCUCGGUUGUGGGACUAUUGGCAGCUACUUCGCGACAAUUCUGGUCAUUCGCACGAGAUAGGGGUGUCCCGGGUUGGCGGAUGUGGAGUCGGGUCUCACCCUCGAAUCAAUUGCCAAUGUACUCAGUCCUCCUCACCACGACAAUCAGCUGGCUCCUCGCACUCAUCAACAUCGGCUCAUCGGUCGCGUUGAACGAUAUCCUCUCAAUGGCCGUGUCUGGAUUAUACUCUUCUUACCUAAUUGUCACGAUUCUUCUGCUCGUCCGUCGAGUCAAGGGUGACGUCGCCCGCUAUAAUGAUGACGAAGAUGAAAUCAUCAACCUCCCCGGAAAGAAAUUGGUCUGGGGCCCGUUUCACGUACCCGGCAUUUGGGGUAUCGCGGUUAAUUCCUUUGCGGUGAUAUAUAUUAUUAUUGUGAUUUUCUUCAGUUUCUGGCCCACGGCUAUGAAUCCCUCGGUGACGGAUAUGAACUAUAGUGUUGUGGGUUGGGGUGGAGUCCUCUUCCUCGCUACGCUGUAUUAUGUUGUUCGGGCUCGUCAUAUUUAUACGGGGCCUGUUGUUGAGGUUUCUCUGUGA